GAGUUCCCAUUAACGCACUGGUGUGCAUCUUAUGCGUCUAGUACGCACAAAAAAAAGACAGUUUUUUGGCAAAGUGCAUCCCAAGGAUACAGGAUAAGAGUUUCAAAAAUUUUAGUAAUAGGUAAAGGAACCCUGAAAAGCCAUAAGAACCCCCAAAUCACUGGGGGUUACAAUGACCCUCAACUAUAAAAACUAGUGGGAACUCUGGAGGGAGUAGCCCUAAUUCCCUCUGGAAUUUCCAAUCCCCUCGGUGGUGAGGGUAUUGAUAUUUUCUGGAACCACGCAAUAUUAUUUGGCACCAAUUCAGAUGUCAAGUAAGUGUCUCAAGUGUGACUGACAUGAUAUUUUUUUCAAUUCUCAGGACAAUUUGAAAGAAACAGAAGAAAAGUACAGGAAAGCAAUGGUAUCAAUUGCUCAACUAGACAACGAGAAGCAGGCACUGUUGUAUCAAGUGGACUGUCUGAAGGACAGGCUGGCUGAAGAGGAAGAAAUCUCAAGUGAAGUUAAGGCUGAAUUUAAAGAGAAAACAAAGGAAUGCAGUAAAUACCAAAAGACCAUAAAGGGGAAUGAAGAAGAAAUCAAGAGACUAAAUGAAGCCAUUGAAUUUAGAGAUAACUUCUUGGCGGAGCGAGGUCUUUCCCUUUAUGAAGACCAGGAAUUGAAGGAUUGCGAAGAUCAAGAAGCAAGCACAGUUUCACUUAGAGAUGCUAUUAGUUUGGCUGUCCCUGAUGAAACUUCUUCAGACCGAAGCAGUGUGUCAGAGCCACCAAAGAGUCGUUCAAACAGUCGCCGUCCUUCCUUAUCAGAUGAAAAGGAUGUAUUAGUUUUACAGAUUAAGAAUCUUCAAGCUGAAGUAGUGUCACUGAAGAGAGAAGAUACUGAAACACCCAAGGCAAUUACAGCUGAUUUAGAAGAACUUAGAAGAGAAUUUAGUAGGCAAAUAAAUGAUUUCAAAAUAAAGCUACAAAAAGCUGAGCAGGACAAUGCGCGACUUGAAGGACUUGUGGCGAGAGUGGAAAGUCAAGUGAAGCGGUACAAAACCCAGGCGGAGGCGGCGGAAGCGACGGAGGAUUCACUCAAGGCUGAAAAAAGAAAAUUGCAAAGAGAGCUUCGUAAAGCACAAGACGAAAUAGGCGAAUUGCAAACCGUUAACGAUCACCUCCAAAAGAGAUUUGAUAAACUAAAGAGUAAAAGAAAAGACGACACGUAGUGAAUCAAGAUACACGCUAGUUACUAAACUCUAAUUCAGUUAGGAUUGCCAUGUCUAAUUCAGAUCAAAGGACCUGACAUAUUCAGUAAAUGGUUUGAACUCAGGCGCACAGGCCAGUUGAUUUAAGAGAACAGCAGGAAUCUUUUGCUCUUCCUGAUUGGUUCAAAGUCGUUAUCAGAUAACCACUGCUCUUAAUGGCGUCGCAGUGAUAUGACGCGCCUUCUGAUUGGUCGAAAACUUUAUACGAAAAAACUUCACCAAUUUUCCAAAAUAGCCCUGAUGCUGAUUUGUUUAAUUAAACUGUUAAAAGGACUAUAGAAGAUAAUUUUAUAUACGCGAGUUUAUUUUAUAUUUUCGAACAAGAAUAGCAUUUUUGUCAAUGCGGUGUUUGCUCGGUUUAGAAGAAGCAAUGUCCGGCACUAUAUAUCAAGCCACUUUUCUGCGAUGUACAAAGUUAGUUUCAAAUCGAAGGACACCUCAAAAUAAUACUAUACUAAGGUAGAAAAACAUCGAAGAAGUAAUAAUAAAACAAAAAGAAACAAGAAUGGAUGAGAUUGGGAAAGAUUCAGAAGGAUGACGAACAACGAAUGUUUUUUUCUAGACGAGUCACGUGUGAUGUUUCUUUAACAUCAUUCGAAGCUAUCGUGAAAAAAAAAGGACCUUAGUUGUCUAAGUGUUAGACGGGGCUUUUGUUUCGUAAAUUUCUCGUUUUCUCAAAGGCUCCCCUUUCAGUCAUUUCAGAGCACAAAAAGUACUUGCCGUUUACCUUUCCAAGUUGACGCUUAUUUGAUAAUGCGGAACUGGCAAUAAACCGUAUUUAAGGCUUGAAAGCGGACAGGAAUUUUCCUACCGUCUUGUUCACAAGGUGAACACUGACAAAACGUGUAGUGGUCAAUUCAUUUUCCUAGGACUAAUAAAUAAAGAAGGUGUGAGGAGAACCGCUGGGUUAUUAUACACGCGAAACAGUGUUAGUGUUGAGGGCUUGAUAUGAACACUGGAACUUGA